AUGACAGGCUAUGUAGGUGGCGAUCCUUAUGAAUCACCGACUUUUGGGAAAGCUUUAUCCUUAAGAGUGGAUGGUGGAGUCAAUGCAAUCUCAAUCAAUCCCUCUGGUAGGGACGUCGUGUUGGCCAGCAGGCAAGGUCUACAUGUCAUUGAUCUGGACGAUCCAUUCUCUCCACCUCGCUGGCUGCGACAUAUAACACCUUGGCAAGUUGCAGACGUUCAAUGGUCUCCGCAUCCAGCUAAACCGCACUGGGUCGUUUCCACAUCAAACCAGAAGGCCAUUAUAUGGAACUUGGCUAGAUCCUCGUCAGAUGCCAUUGAGCAUGUAUUACACAAGCAUUUUCGAGCAAUCACAGAUAUAAAUUUCAAUCACCAGCAUCCCGAUAUCUUGGCUACGUGCUCCAUUGACACCUAUGUGCAUGCCUGGGAUAUGAGAAGCCCGAGCAGACCCUUUUACACUACUCGUGAGUGGGUAGCUGGGGCAUCUCAAGUCAAAUGGAGUUUCAAGGAUCAAAAUGUGCUUGCCUCGGCUCAUGGUAAUGAAGUUUCCAUAUGGGACCUGAGGAAAGGCUCGACGCCGCUGGGGAAAUUAUUGGGUCAUGAAAGUGGAGUUAAUAGUAUAGAUUUCAAUCGAUUCAAGAAUGAUGAAAUCAUGACUGGUUCAAAUGAUGGCACUGUAAAGUUUUGGGAUUAUUCUGUGAGCUGUACAGAAGCAAAGAGGACUAUUCGUACUGAUUUCCCUAUAUGGCGAGGAAGAUAUUUACCAUUUGGAGAGGGUUGUUGUUUGCUACCGACCAUUGGUGGUGGUGACUCAGUUUAUCUGGCAAGUCUUACAAACAGUGUGAAAAAAGAGAAUAGUGAUACUAAACUUCAGCCUAUUUACGCCUUCAAGGGUCAUACUAAUCGAGUGAUCGAUUUUCUCUGGAGGUCUAGAAGCUCGUCUGACGCCCAAGUUGAUGAUAGAGAAUUUCAGCUAGUGACGUGGUCUAAGGAUUGUGAUUUGAGAUUGUGGCCAGUGCCAAAUACGAUAUAUGACAAAGUCAAUCUCGACCGAAGCAAAAGGCUCGAAGAGACAUUCCCCAAUUACGAAUAUAUGACCUACAAUAAAGAACCUGCCGAUUCUCGUCCUGAAGUGAGCAAUGAUUACAGGAGGAGAAAGGAGAAAUUCGUUACAAGUUCAGGUAUACAUAAGAACGAUGACGUUAAUUACAUUACGUGGUUAUCAGGGGUCAGAAUGAAUCACACUGGCUCACCAGAAAACAUUUUUACUGAGCGCACUAUCCAAAACUUGGGAGAAGAGGUUAGUUCAAUUGGUCAUAAAUUCCCUAAAAUUAUCUUCGAGAAAAUUUCAGUUUCUACUGGUGAGCUUAUAAUAACACUGAAUGGUCCCUGGUCUGAUGAUAAUCCAGAAGAGUAUGUUUUCUUGAGGAUUGAUGUCAAGGUUCCGACGGCGUACCCAAGCAAGGGAAAUUCCCCACAGUUCUCCAUUGAGGACAAUGGCAACCUGAAACAGGAACAGAGAGAAGAAAUUUCAAGAAAAUUAGAGGAGAUUGCCAAUAAGUAUACUGACUCUGGGAUGUACUGCUUGGAGCCAUGUUUGAGACUGCUAUUAGGAGAAACAAUCAACUUGGAUGACCUGAAUCAAGAAAUUGAGCCAAUACUUAAUUUUGAAAUCACCGAUCAGAUCGGCCUGGAAAACCUGUCUUCGCUUCCAAGUUCUGAUGGUACUUCCCAAUAUUUAUCAGACACGUCCUCAGAGACGCAAAGUGACCAUUAUAAGGCUGUUUUCGACUCUUCUGAGAACAAAGAGUUGAGAAAUCCUUUCGGAAGAGAUCUCACAUUUGACAGUACCCCAGUGCCGAAUGAAUGUGGUGCCGUUUGGACCCCGACAGGCCAGUUACUCUGCUUCUUCAUGUCAGAAAGCAACCUGGAGAAAAAGCAACAAACAAUGCUUCGACUAACUGGAAAAACUAGGCAUCAAAAAGAGCACAAAACGGGCCCCAGGGCAUGGGAAAGUAAAGAUAGUUCUGCCGAGAAGCCCACUAGGAAGAAUUCUACGCGCCCCAAACGAUACGUUGAAACAAUUUCUACUCAACUAGUCUCCUCGAAAAGUAUAAAUUACUCAUCUGAUGACCAAGAUUCAGAUGGGUAUUCAACUGAUAGUUUUGACAACGAUUGGAGCGACAUACUGAGGAAUGAAGUUGUUGUUAGAACAAAAUUACCACCAUUGCACGGUAAUUUUACGAAAAAGUUUACUUCAGUCCAUUCAGAUUCGGCCAAAACUAUGGACUCUUGGAAAAAGCUCAAGAAUAUUAUUUUCAUAAAGGACUUCAGCCAUCUCAUAUCUGAUCGUAAAGAACUGGCUCUCGAAUAUCACUUGACGAACUCUAAUUUAGAGCAAGUGGCCAGAAAUAAUGCACUCGUGGCAGAAAAGUACAAUUUAGAUGAAAUAAGUCAUUGCUGGCAAGUACUAUCAGAUAUGCUUAUGACAAAGGAGAUUUCUGAUCCUUAUGACUUAAUGUGGGACAACCAUCCGAUGGGUAUCAGAUGGUUCGUGAAGGAAGCAAUCAAGUUCUUUGAGAAAAAGAAUAAUUUACAGAUGCUGGCAAUGCUGUGUUGCGUUGUAGCAAGCCAGGCAACCAAGCAUUUGAAGACUGCUGAAGAUGAAGAUGAGUCAAGACCACUUUCCCGAGGAAAAGUUGAAAGUUUAGUUACUUUUCGCAAUAAUGAUACAAUGAGAUCUGUGAGAGCAGACCUUCACUCGCAUUACUCUAGCAGCUUGGCUUCAAGUUCUGUAGAGGGGUUGAAUAAAAAUCGACAUUCACCUGAUGAAGUAUCCGUGAAAUCAGAGGACUAUUUUAGCGCCAGACAUCAGAGCUAUAACGUUCGAACGAUUAGUUCAAGCCCUCCGUUGCCUACACGGAGCCAGCAACCGUUUCAAUCCCGAUUGCCAGAUCUGAACGUGCGGCUGAUUCAAGACGAAGUACUCGACGCUAUUGAUGACCCUGAAAGACAUCUGUUGGAUCCUGAAGAUGCCAAAAAGUUUAGGUUCUACAGUUACCAAUAUGCGAAACUCUUGUACAGGUGGGAUUUACCAAUGGAAAGGGUCAAAAUAUUGAAGAUUAGUUUCAGUACAAACUCCACUGCAUCGGAUAUCGCAUCUCAAAUGAUUGACGAAAAUAAAGAUUUAUUUGGUGGCAUUACGACGACCUGGGAGGCGAAUGACGAAAGGAGCGUCCAUUUCCAAAACUGUAAUUAUUGCGGCCUCAAAGUUACGAGAAGUAUUUUCGUUUGCCAGAUAUGCGAGCAUAUAAUGCAUUCUACCUGUGCCACUGAAUGGUGGCAAAGCAGUCAAGAAUGUGCUUCAGGAUGUGGAUGCUGCUGUCCAGAAGCUUUUCCCAUGUAA